UGGCUUCAGACUCAGGGAGUGAAAGUGGGAAAGAAGUCUGUACAAAGCAAAUUUGGGACACUGUUACCACAACAGAUGGAAUGGAUCCCAACCUGAAAGAUAACAGUGAUUCCUCAUUCCUUCUGCUUAUGUUCUUGACUUCGAUAGCAUUUGCAACAUGGGAAGAGAGUACUCCACAGGACGAAUUCUACGACCAGGCCUCUCCGGACAAGAGGACCGAAGCGGAUGGCAACUCUGACCCCAACUCUGAUGGGCCUCUGGGCCCCCGAGGAUUAGCUGAAGCUACAGAGAUGUGCACUCAGGAGUGCUUGGUUUUGGGUCACUCUGAUAAUUGCUGGAUGCCUCCUGGCUUAGGUCCAUAUCAACACCCCAAAUCUCCUCUCUCAACUUUUGCACCCCAGAAAGAAUGGGUCAAGAAGGACAAGCUUGUGAAUGGGCACACCCUUACCAGAGCCUGGAAAGAAGACAGCAACAGGAACCAGUUCAACGACCGGAAGCAGUUCGGCUCCAAUGAAGGCCAUUUCAACAGUGGCAGCCACAUGACAGACAUUCCUCUGGCCAAUCUGAAGUCUUAUAAGCAGCCAGGAGGUGCUAUGGAGAGUCCGAAGGAACACCAACUCUAA